CUCUCCGUCUCUCUCUCUGUGGCAGAAUUCGUUGGUUCAAGCGAGAGCCCCCUGAUUCAUCCCGGCCAGAGGAGUGGCUUCCUCGCCCGUUGUUGCGGCCCAUCAUGGCAGCGAAGAUUCUUGCCAACUUGGUUGUGAUGGGCGGUGGUAUUUUAGCCAGGGCUUUUGUGCAGGCAUAUCGUCAGGCACUCGCUAAUGCUUCAAAAACCGGUGUUGCCCAGGAAACGGUACAGAAUGCUGUCCGUAGAGCAAGUAAGGCCAUGACGGAACAAGAGGCGAGACAGAUUCUUGGUGUCUCUGAAGAAACCGCAUGGGAAGAGAUAUUGAAGAAAUAUGACGUAUUAUUUGAGCAGAAUGCCAAGAAUGGUAGCUUUUACAUUCAGUCGAAGGUUCACCGAGCUAAGGAGUGUUUGGAGACUGUAAAUCGCGGCAAAGCGGAUGCUUCUCCAAGUUGAUGAAGUAGCCUUUUCUUCUUUUACCUUCUUCUUCCAUGUGAGUGAUGUUCUCUGAUGACACUUAAAUCAUUCAGCUAGUUGUCAGUGCAACAACUGCCUUGUUGACAUAAGAUUAGCUCAUUUUGUAUACGUAAGAAUAUAGUCGUAGUUAGCACUUCGCCAUCACUGAUGAAUUAGUGAGGUCGCAAUUUUGGAAAAAGAAACGUUUAUGAAGGAAUUUGCGGUUACUUUUUAUGAACUUA